CCCGCCCACAGGUGAUCCCGCCCUCGAGCCCUGCCCCUUCGGCCCCGGCGAAGCCCAGGUGUACGCGGGCAAAUCGGGUAGGUGCGUCCGAACUGAAGAAUGCAACUAGGAGCCCAGAACCACCGCGGCCAAGCCUGGAAGUAAUUCCGGUACCAGCUUUACACCGACUUCCUACAUAAGAAGAGAACUUGGAAGUCGGAGCAUCGUGAAAGAUCCUGCAGAUGUUGGUUUUGACUCGGAACACGACUGCGCGACCUCCCGGCGAUCGAGAGUUGUCCUCUACCUGGCCCAGCUCCUACGUUGGCAGUUCUAUGAGAUUGCAGUACUGGAAAUUGAACACAGGGCCUCAUACAUGCUAGACAAGCACUCUACCACUGAGCCACAUUCUCAACCCCACCUUGAGCACUUUUGUGGCAGAUGGCUUCUUCAGCACUCCGGAGAGCAGGGUCUUGCUAAAUUGCUGAAGCUGUCUUUGAACUUGCAAUCCUCCUGCCUCAGCCUCUCAAGCCACUGUGAUUACUGGGUGUCUAGAACUUUCAGAGACCGACUGAAUGAGCCUAAAAUGAGAUCUAAAGCAUCAACAAAAACAUGAUGACCAGUUCAAAGUGGUGUUGGCCCAAAUUUGAGUGGUCCCCAAAAAGAACUUCUGGUGAGACCCAGCCUCAAAACAGGAAUAGAAGCUCCCAGAAGGACUCCCCAAUCUUCCAAGUUGGCUUCCUGUCCUCCUGCAGGGAGGGUCAGCCUGGAGCAUGCAGCAGGAUGGGAUCAGCAGCAUGAAUCAGCUGGGGGGACUUUUUGUGAAUGGUCGGCCCCUACCUCUGGACACCCGGCAGCAGAUCGUGCAGCUAGCAGUCAGUGGUAUGCGACCCUGCGAUAUCUCACGGAGCCUUAAGGUAUCAAAUGGCUGUGUGAGCAAGAUUCUAGGGCGUUACUACCGCACAGGUAUCUUGGAGCCCAAGUGUAUUGGGGGAAGCAAGCCACGUCUGGCCACACCCCCUGUGGUGGCUCGAAUUGCCCAGCUUAAAGACCAGUAUCCAGCUCUCUUUGCUUGGGAGAUCCAACGUCAGCUUUGUGCUGAAGGGCUUUGCACGCAGGACAAGACUCCCAGUGUCUCCUCCAUCAAUCGAGUCCUGAGGGUGCUACAGGAAAACCAAAGACUGCACUGGCCACAGCUCAGGUCAUCAGGUGUCUUGGCACCAGCUCUUUCCAUUCCACAUCAUGGCUCUGAGUAUCCCCAAGGUCCCACCUCGGGGACCACCCACCGGAAUCGAACUAUCUUCUCCCCAGGCCAAGCAGAGGCAUUGGAGAAAGAGUUCCAGCGUGGACAGUAUCCUGAUUCAGUGGCCCGUGGAAAACUGGCUGCUGCCACCUCUCUGCCUGCAGACACGGUGAGGGUCUGGUUUUCUAACAGAAGAGCCAAAUGGCGCCGGCAAGAGAAGCUGAAGUGGGAAAUGCAACUGCCAGGUGCUUCUCAGGAUCUGACUGUACCAAGGGUGUCCCCAUGGAUCAUCUCUGCACAGCAGUCCCCUGGCAGUAUGCCCACAGCAGCUCUUCCAGCCCUGGAACCACCGGGUCCCUCCUGGUCUCAGCUGAGUUUGCAGGCAGCACCAGACAGGUGUCUGAGUGACACUCCUCUCCAAGCCUGUCUCCAGCCCUGCUUGGAUUGCUGUGCCUUCCUCCUUCCUGUGGCUCCCCCUUCCUGUGUGGACCUUGCCUGGCCCUGCCUCACUGCCCCUCCUGCGCAUCAUGUGAUUGGAGGAGCUGGAGAGGCAGCACCCACCCACUACUCACACUGGCCUUAAGAGGCCUCCACUUGGCAGUAAUAAAAACACAUUUUAAAUUAGCA